AGAGCUUACUUGCAAUGCUCAGACAACCAGCUUUAAUGGAGUGCUGCAAGUACGGUUUUUCAGGUGCUCUAGACCGCGGCGUGGACAUAGACCUCACACCCAGGAGUAUGUGGGAUUUCGUGAAGUCCAACUGAACAUCUUAACUAAUCCAAAUGAGAGACAUAAAACUUCAACAGAGGGGGAGUUAGUCUCUCUCUCAACGAGGGAUCUCUCCAAGUCUCAGACAGGCAGCAACCUUGACAGUGCCAGUACCAGAAGCAGCAGUGCAGAUAUAGAACAUCAUUCUUUAGGACGACAAAUUCAAGUUUUAACUUGCCUCUUCUUGGCCAUUAUCCUCCUUUUGGUGGGUUUCAUCAUUAGCCAGACAAAUGAGGUCUGGUUUGCGGCCACUAUCGGGGGAGUGACAACAUGGACGUUUGCAGUGAUGUGCUAUACUCUAUCAUGUGUGCUUUUUAUACGAUUACUGACAUUAAGAUGA